GACGACGAUGCUGAAUUGAGCGACAAGGAACAAGACGGCAGUGAUGGAGAAAAGAAGAGUUCAGAAGAGACGAAAGAAGAUGGAGAGGCCGAAAAAGGCGACAAGGACAGCGGCAAGAAGAAAGCAAAGAAGCUGAGGGCCAAAGACUUGCCUGGCGUUGCCCGGCCGUUGACGAAGAAGAACCUUGUCGCGACAGACGAAGCAAUCAGAAAAUCCGGCGUCGUAUACAUCUCGCGCGUGCCGCCAUUCAUGAAGCCGAACAAGCUACGGUCUCUCCUCUCUCCAUAUGGAACCAUCAACAGAAUAUUCCUCGCCCCCGAAGACCCAAUCGCACGAGCGCGGCGUAUCAAAGGAGGCGGCAACAAGAAGAAGACGUUUACCGAGGGCUGGGUGGAGUUUGUCAAGAAGAAGGACGCAAAGGCUGUGUGUGAGCUUCUGAAUGCGCGACCAAUCGGUGGCAAGAAGGGGAGCUACUACCACGACGAUAUAUGGAAUCUGCUCUAUCUCAAGGGCUUCAAAUGGCACAACCUGACGGAGCAGAUUGCCGCCGAGGAUGCCGAGAGAUCAAGUCGCAUGAGGGCUGAAAUCAGCAAGUCAACACGCGAGAACAAGCUGUUCGUCCGCAACGUCGAGAAAGCCAAGAUGCUGGACGGCAUAGAGGCAAAGGCAAAGGCGAAGAAGAGGAAGGCGAGCGAUGCGGCGGAGGCCGAGGAGCCAAAGGGAGCCGUGCGGACCUUCAAACAGAUUCCCAAGAUCAGCAAGGACAAAGAUACCACCGAGGAACCGGAGCGGGUGAGCAGAGUGCUGAGCAAGAUCUUUUAGCUGUUGGAUGCAUCUGUUGUAUGUAUAUAUAGAACAUACAAAAGCAAUGCUGAUG